AUGGGGACUCCACUGGUCGGUACCGCAAUUAUCACGGGUGGAAAUGGGUUACUCGGGUCCGAGAUAGCCGUCGCUAUCGCCAAAGCACAGCCGUUCGUUCACUUGCUGCUGGUGGCCCGCGAUAUCAGAUCCGAUAGUGUAAAGGAUGUCACGGACAGGAUUCGCCUCGUCGGUCCCCGGUCCGUCGAGGUGGUCAAGGCGGACCUGGCCUGCUUCAACUCCAUCGUGAGCUUUUCUCAGUACACCGUCGAGCGAGUUCGAAGUAAAGAGAUCCCUCCCGUCAUCCUGUUGAUCAACUCCGCCGCCAUUUCGUCAUACGUUGCCGAUCAAGUCACACGAGAUGGGUACGAUCCCGUCUAUCAGACCAACUGCAUCGCCCCGUUCCUGUUGACCGUGAGCCUGCUCGAGGCUUUCCGCGCAGGCGACGGUACACCGAACGGUGGUGCGCGGGUGAUCAACGUUGGUUGUUCCGCCAUGUCCAAGGGAUCCCUGGAUUAUUUUGACAAAGACGGCCCGGAGAGUGCAGUCCAGCCGCCAGGGACACCAAUGAGCACCAAGGAAGCGACCAGUCGGUUCGGAAGUAGCAAGCUUUUAAUGAGCGCCGCGAUGUAUGCCCUGCGUCGGAGUCUGGUACUCACGGGCAACAUUGCGCUCAAUGUAUACACCAUGGACCCCGGCGGUCUAACCGGAGAGAGUCACCAAACCACCACAGCCCCGUUAUCGGUCCGAAUGGCACACCAAACCCGGUCUGGACUCCGACCAUUCCUGCGGGUAUUCUCCAAGAGUGCGAUAAACAAGGCUAGCGUUCCAGCCAAAGUCAUUGCGAGAGUCGCAUUCCAAAAGGAGACGGUGGAGAACUGGGGGAGGGAACGAUAUUAUAUCUUGGACAGCGAAUACGAGGCCGGAUCCGUCAUUCCGGCGUUGCGGGAUGUGCCACGCAUGGAUGGCUUCCAGCCGCGCCCACAACCGGCUUUGCGACGUCGCAGACAACUCCUCCAACGAUUGUGUCUCAUUGCCGCCGCCUCAACGCUCCUUCUCGUCCUCAUCUUCCCGUCAUUUCGAGCCUUCUUCCUCCCCGCAGUCUCCCUCGGAAUCGUCUCAUCCGUCGAAGACCUACAACUAGAAACCGUCCGACACUAUGACUUGUCAAAAAUGCAGGGGACUGGGAGUGGAUGGGAACAGGGAGAGCGAGUGCUCAUGUGUACACCUCUCAGGGACGCUUCGUCCCAUUUGCCAAUGUUCUUUUCGCAUCUCCGCAACCUUACCUAUCCCCAUAACCUGAUAGAUUUGGCUUUCUUGGUUUCGGAUUCUAAAGAUGAUACGAUGGAGAUGCUGUCGGAGAUGCUGGAUGAACUACAAAACGACCCGGAUCCGAGUAUGUCGUUCGGCGAGAUCUCGGUCAUUCAGAAGGACUUCGGUCAGAAGGUGACGCAGGAUGUGGAGAGCAGACAUGGAUUUGCUGCUCAGGCCAGUCGCAGAAAGCUGAUGGCCCAGGCCCGGAAUUGGCUGCUUAGCGCCACUCUCCGCCCGACUCAUAGCUGGGUUUACUGGAGAGAUGCAGAUGUUUUGACCGCCCCACAGACCAUUUUGGAGGAUCUCAUGAGGCAUGAUAAGGAUGUGAUUGUACCGAAUGUUUGGCGACCCCUGCCAGAUUGGCUAGGAGGCGAACAGCCGUACGAUCUAAACUCGUGGCAGGAGUCAGAAACCGCACUGGCCCUCGCCGAAACAUUGGACGAGGAUGCGGUUAUUGUGGAGGGCUAUGCUGAGUAUGCCACAUGGCGGCCUCAUCUUGCUUAUCUUCGUGAUCCAUAUGGAGACCCCGAUAUGGAGAUGGAGCUCGAUGGAGUGGGGGGUGUUAGUAUCCUGGCCAAGGCCCGAGUCUUCCGCGCGGGAGUUCAUUUCCCGGCCUUCAGUUUCGAGAAGCAUGCCGAGACGGAAGGAUUUGGAAAGAUGGCGAGGCGUAUGGGAUUUUCGGUCAUUGGCCUUCCACACUACACAAUUUGGCAUCUCUACGAGCCGAGUGUAGAUGACCUCCGGCAUAUGGAGGAGAUGGAGCAGGAGCGACAGGAACGUGAGAGGGAAGAACAAGAACAGGCUGAGCGUGCCGAACGUGUUCAGACUCUGUUCCAGGAUGCCAAGACGCAGUGGGACAUUGACAAUGCAUUCGUCGAAGAUGCAAUCCAAGAGGAAGGGCAGGGGAAAGACAGCAGUGAUUCGACAGCAUCGCCGGAUGUCGAUAGUACCAAAGGCAGCGAAGAAGGCCCUGUAGCCCAACCCGCUGCCAAAGAGCAAGGGGGUGCCGACAAUGCACUGGAAGGGCUGACACAAGACAGAAACCAAGCCAGGCAAUAA